CCGGAAGAGAUGUUGACUGGCCAUAAACCAGGUAAAUAGUCCACAGAGGAUGGAUUCUCUCCAUGCCUGACACAAUAAAAUGACAACAAGCGUUGGACAACCGGAGCAAAGAUGAAACGACAGCCUUUAGCAAGGGCAUCGAGUUGUCAACAUCAAAGAGAGAGCCAGUAGCCAUGGAUGUGCUUGGUUCCAAAAACAACGAAAGUACCUUCCCAAGCUUAGGGGAUUUGGAUGACUUUCUCACCAAGCACAACUCUAACUUCAUAUGGCUCCUCGUGGCCACCAUUCUGUCCUGUGGAUGGAUCAUCUAUUUAACUUAUUACAACUCCCGAAACAUUGGCCUCAUCCUCACCCACAUCAUCAACAGACUCUACAAGGAUGGCUACAUUCACAUCGGCUCCUUCUCUUUCUCUGUGCUGUCAGGAAAGGUCAUGUUCAGAGAUGUUUACUACAUCAACCAAGACAUGUCGAUCAGGAUACAGGAUGGCUUUCUCAUAUUCCGCUGGUGGAAAAUGUAUAACCCCAAGCAGAAACAGCAUGACCCCAAGGCGGAGACCAGGCUUUAUGUGACAGUGAACGGUUUUGAGUUUCAUGUCUACAAUCGGACUGACCUUUAUGCCCACCUACAAGAGACGUUCGGCCUGGAGCCGACACUUAGCAGACUCAAGAAAGAUGACGACCAUGAAGGGGAGGGAAAAAAACAGACCCUGGAACGGGUGAACAUUCAAACAGAGAAUUCAGACCCCACGUCAUCUUGGCGCUCCCUGAUCCCUGUAAUCAAAGUUAACAUAAGUACGGGUCGGCUGGCAUUUGGGAAUCACCACCUCCCACAGACGCUGUGCUUAAACUUUGAAGAUGCCUUCCUGACCUAUGCCACCAAGCCUCCUUCCAGCCACCUUGACCAAUACAUGCACAUUGUAAAGGGCUCGCUGGAAAACGUGCGAGUCAUGCUGGUUCCUAGCCCACGCUAUGUUGGCAUGCAGACUGAUGAACCUCCCAGGCUGAUGGGCGAAGGCUUUGUGGUCAUGCAGUCCAAUGAUGUAGACAUCUACUACUACCAAGAUGAGCCUGGUGUGGUACCAAUGGAGCACGAGAGUGGUGAGGAAGCUGAGACACCCAGUGAGGAUGAUAAGCUCCAGGAUCUUCCUCCAUGCUGGGGUCUUGACAUUGUGUGUGGAAAAGGAACCGAUUUCAACUAUGGCCCCUGGGCGGAUCGCCAGAGGGAUUGUCUCUGGAAGUUCUUCUUGCCGGCGGACUAUCAGGACAUGAAGGUGACUGAAAUGGCCCAGCCAGGACAACCGAGGCAGAUCCAGGCCUUUGAGCUCCGUAUGAACAUCAUUGCUGAUGCUACCAUUGACCUGCUUUUUACCAAAAACAGGGAAACCAAUGCCAUCCAUGUGAAUGUAGGUGCAGGUUCUUACCUGGAAGUCAACAUCCCCAUGACCGUUGGAGAGACUGGCUAUUUGCCCACGAUCAAAGGGCAGCUGCUUCAUGUUGACACCACCAGCAGUAUGCAGUACAGGACUCUCCUUGAGGCUGAGAUGUUAGCUUUCCAUGUGAUUGCCAGCUACCCCCGAGUAUGGAACAUGCCACAGUCUUGGCAGUGUGAGAUUGAGGUGUACAAGGCCACCUACCAUUUCAUCUAUGCCCAGAAAAACUUUUUCACUGAUUUGAUUCAGGACUGGGCCAGUGACAACGCUCCAGACAUUUACUCCUUUGUUCCUUAUUCCUGGACUUUCAAAAUGCUUUUUCAUCAGUUUGAGAUGAUCUGGGCGGCAAAUCAGCACAACUGGAUUGACUGCUCCACCAAGCAGCAGGAGAAUGUGUACCUGGCAGCUUGUGGUGAGACGCUGAAUAUAGACUUCAUUUUGCCUUUCAAUGAGUUUGUUCCAACGACCUGCCAUACCCGAUUCAGUUUGAAGGCAGAGGAUACAGACAUGCGACUGUCCUUGCCUGAGUGCCACCCUAGCCGCUAUCCCCUCCUAACCCUUGCCAAAGAUUACCAGAAUGUCAAGCUGCCCCCAGACAUGUUCACGCCAGGGGAAAAUCAAAGUGCCCCGCCGCCAAAACCCAACAAGUCCCGGUGGAGGAAUAUCACCAACGCAGAAGCUGGCUGGGUUGACUGCUGGAGUGUACCGAACUUUUUGCUCAUCAUUGACUACACAUGGCAUCCCAUAUAUCCCCAGAAAGCUGAUGAACAACUCAAACAGUCAUUUUCUGAAAUGGAGGAAUCAAUGCUGUCAGCUUUACGGCCCCCGGAGCACACUUCGGGACACCAUAGUCACCCAUACUACACUUCUGCCUCAGCCGGUCACAGCCGGAUGCCAACCGACCCCUCGGAUCUUCCACCUGAUAGACUUCAUGUGGAGAUGGAAAUGUCUCCGGAUUCUCAAAUUAUCCUUUAUGGGCCUUUACUUCGGGCUUUGAUUUCCAUCAAGGAGAAUUACUUUGGUGAAGAUGACAUGUAUACUGACUUUGAAGAGACAGUGUCAAGUCCGGUUUUGUCCACUUCCUCAUCUGGCCUCGGAUGGUCCCCUCUUGGAAUGGAAGACAGCGGACAUAAGGAAACUUCAGACAUCCAUCCAUUGGACCUGCGACCUUGGGAUAUAACCGUGCUCAUUAAUCUCUACAAAGUCCAUGGUCGACUGCCUAUGCACUGUAGCAGCGAGGGGCCAGAAGGUCCAUCUGGAUUCUUGGAGCGGUUAUGUUUUGAAAUGAAAAAGGGUUACAAGGAGACCAUGCUUCAGUUGCUGCUGUCACCUAUUCACAUCUUCAUCAGUGACAACUACCAGCGUCCCUCGGUGGAUGGGGUGUUGAGGGAUGGCCACCUAAGCCUUUCGGGCCUGCAGAUGAGGGCACAUGCCAUGUUCUCUGCGCAGGGGCUGCCACUAGGAAGUGACACCCUUGAAUACGCCUGGCUCAUCGAUAUGCAGGCAGGAGCUCUGACUGGGAGGGUGACUGUUCCACAGGUGGCCAGUAUGACAGAAUGGGGGGAGUAUUUUGUUUUCCAUGUGAUGUCCCGCGAGUUCCAGCUUGAACAACCAAAGCCCUCUGUCAUCUGCCAGCAUGGCGUUGACCGUCGCAUCUGCGAUGCUAAGUUAACCUGCAUGCCGGGUCACUGUCGAACAUCAGAGGAGCUGAAGUACACCAUGACGAGACUGGCCAUGGAUGGAUUGGACCUUUUCAUUGUUGAACAUGGCUGUGCUGCUAAUAUCAAAACGGGUAUUUUACGUGUGGCCAACUGCAACCUGCAUAACCAGGCAGUGGGUGAGGGGAUCAGUGCUGUGGUGCAGGACCUAAACAUCCAGCAGUACAUAGAGCAACAGCAGCACAGUGACAUGAGCAGGCUGCUGCCGGCCGGGCAGGGGCAAGUCUCAGGUCAGCCACCGAGUCUCUGCCAGCCAGCAGUGAUGCGACGCUCUGUCUGGCUGGAGGCGGGUUCUAUCAACCUGAACCUCAUUACGGCAGACAUUGCCCUGGCCGCUGACCACUCAGCCAAAUGUGAAGUGCAGAGGCAAUUUCUAGAACUACAUGACACGCAGACCAAAAGACUCUGGUUCCUGUGGCCUGAAGAGGCUGGCAUUCGAAACAAGCGCAGCCGUAAUCGCUGUGGCUGCCUUGGAGGCUGCAGGUUCUUUGGAGGAACGAACAUGGGCUUGGACUUCUUCAAACUGGAAGAGAUGACACCGUCCUCCUCAUCCGCAUUCUCUUCUUCUAGCACUGAAUCUGAUAUGUGUUAUGGUCAGUCUUUGCUUCAACCUGGAGAGUGGAUUAUGACCAAGGAAACACCCAAAGUGGAUGGAAGGCCUGUUGGACUGAAAACAGAUACGCACUCUCCCUGCCUGCCUCCCGAGGUGCCUGAGAGGCGAGGUCAGCAGCACCUUAGUCUUCAGGUACCCCAACGCUCUCAGAGCUCUGCCUCCUCCUCUGAGGAGAAUAGUUCCUCCAGUGCGGCUUUGCCCCUGCUGGCUGGAGAAAGGGACACUCCCUCGCCAAGCGUCGAACAACGCAUGUUCCCUGUGAAUGGCAAAAGUUCUGUUGACACUUUCCGGGAUAUUCCAGAGGGCUCGCCCCUUUCACCCAACAACUCCCAGGAACGCACUUCCGUGCGUUCACCCCUGUGCUCUCCCCUCAAGCGCCAAUCCUCAGUGCACUCUAGUCGAUUAGGCAGCACCAAGAGCCUGUCAGCUGCUGUUUUCAAUGACAGGCCUCCCCCAGUGCUGUCUGGAGGUGUUCAGUUCAGUGGUGAUGUUUCCCGAAGUGACGAGAACGUCCUAGAUUCACCACGUCAGCGUCGAAGCUAUGGCUCUUUCCCCUUCACACCCUCAGCAGAUUCCAACACCUUCCAUCAGUACCGAUCCGCCGACUCAAGCAUGUCGGUGGCUGACAGCGAAGCCUACUUCUCUGCCGCUGAAGACUUUGAGCCGAUUAGCAGUGCAGAUGAGGGUCCAGGAACAUAUCCGGGACGGAAAAAGAGGAGAAGGCAACAGAUGCAGCAACCGCCCCAACCGCCUUAUUACAUGGAGAACUACAGCCGGAGCUCCAUCUACCACAGUGUUGAAGGUCCUCUCACUUACGUCCUCAACGGGGAGCUGAUCACUGAGCCUCGUCCUCUGCCUCUACCACCAAUGCUGCCCCCAUUGCCUUCCCAGCCUCUGCCAAGCCACAUAUCUCAGGCCUCCUUUGUAUCUGCUCUCGCCAUGGAGGAAGAAAGCUCAGUGGAGGCCGAAAAGAUGUCAGAGCCUGGCCCAGUAACGAGACAGCCCCACGUGAUGGCGUGCUACCAGAACUACCUAGCGCACUAUCAGGUGUCCAAUUGGUCCGUCAAGCAGCCCACCAAUAAGAGGACCUCCAAGUCUUCUCUACACCGUCCCUUAGAUCUGGACACGCCUACAAGUGAAGAAAGCUCAGCCUCCUUUGACCAGCUCUCUGUUCCAAGUUUUAAGGUGAUAAAACAGGGCCUCUCAGCCAGUUCUCUGUUGGAUAGAGGCCUUCAGCUGAUGGGAGAUAACAACAGUACGCCGUAUACUCCCCUGGAUAAGAGAGCUAUGGAGAAUACUGAUGAGGACACGACGACGGACGACUGGUCUCUGGAGCAGCCUUUAGCUCAAACCAGGACCACAGCCAUAGUGGAGGUGAAGGGGGCCGUCAAUGUGGUGCUUACACCCCUCGUGGCUGAAUGCUUAGACAGGUAUAUCGAGUCUAUGGUCCACUUUGCCAGUAUUCGUCAUCCUGCAGCCAUUCUAGAUGACCUGCAUGGGAAAGUUCUCAAUGAGGCUUACCAGAUCAGCAAAUCUACAGUUACUGAAUCUUCUCAUUGUUGUGAAUCUGGAUCUACGCAGAGCCAAGCAUUCAAACAGGAACACAAGCUUUCCAAGAAUGAGGGCACGACCCACGGCUCCCUCAAUAUCUCUCAUGGACAGACGGACCUGUCUGUCAAACCAGAUAAUGUGAAAAUCAAGGGCCUCCAAGCUAAUGUCUCCAUCCCGAAGGUGAACCUUUGUCUCCUUCAGGCUUCUGUAGAGGAGGGUUUUCCAUCCUGCUCCAGUAAGUGUGUCACCCAUGUGUCUCUUGUGGCGCUGUGCUUUGACAGGAUUGCCACCCAGUUCAGGAUGAAUAGGGGAAUUGUUGAAGAAACCCCCAACACCACAGAACAUGGGCGACCCUCUGUUAUGUUGGAGAAGUAUGCCUCUGCCACUAAGAUGCAGCCUCAGUCAUCUGGCUCAUUACGCUCUAACGCUGGCAUUGAGAAAGGCAAAGAAAUAGCCGCAAGGCUCAACAUCCACCGUAUCCACAGUCAGCUUCGAGGCCUUGACUCCACAGAUAUUGGCACCUGUGCCAUCACAGCCAUCCCUAUUGAGAAGUCCAAAGUGCUGUUUGGCCUCGAGGAAACUGAGGAAUUUGCUCUAGUCGACGAGACAGACAUUCAUGGCAGCUCUGGUGACCUCAAUCGUUCUGCCACUUCUCUUGAGAAAUGGGGCUGGAUCAUGUUUGAAUGUGGCAUCGAGAACCUGACAGUCAAAGGUGGUCGUCAAUCAGGAGCCAUUCUUUACAACGCAUUUGGCGUGAUGGGCUGCUCAGAUACUGGUGGGAAAGCAGAAAUCCCCAAGUCCAAUGGAUCGACAGGUUCUCAGACUGGGAGUGGUUACAGCACUGAUGUAUCUGAUGACAACUUACCACGUGAUACACUUAGCCCCCCCUCUGAUGUCAAUGGCCACUCUGACUCAGAUGAUCAGGAUGAAGGGGUUGAGUCAGACGACCUAAAGAAAGACCUUCCGCUCAUGCCUCCGCCGCCCGACUCCAGCAGCAUGAAACUGACCAUCCGUGAGAUUUGGUUCAGUUUUGCUGCUCCCACCAAUGUGCGAUCGCCUUCACAGGCCAUCUCUAGGCAGUUAAAUCUGCUCAGCACUGCCACUCCAGCCAUCGGAGCCUGGCUAGUGCCCAUCGACCAGCUCAAAUCUUCUCUUCGCAAACUGGACAUGGAGGGCACGCUUCGCGUUUGUGCCGUCAUGGGCUGCAUUAUGACAGAGGCUCUGGAGAAAAAGAGCAUCCACAUCCCAUUCCGAAGCAAGUACAAUCGCGUGACCAAGCGAGCACACUACUUGCAUGAGAAUCCCUCAUGUAUGCUUUGCAACAUUCUUCACCGCUAUCUGCAACAGGCAGACUAUUCUGUCAUCGAGGAGGCUACCAUGAAUGAUGGAGUCCCAGCCUUAGUGACUCUUAAAAAGGGUCUUGUGGCUUUGGCUCGACAGUGGAUGAAAUUCAUUGUGGUUACUCAGGGCUUCAAAGCCAUUGGUCUGAUGAGGCCCAAUCAGCUUACUAAACCGAAGGAACCUCAGCAAAAUCUGGUUGAAACAAUCCUGGGCUUGGACAACGGUGCAGCGCUGCAAAGUGACACGAGUGGAGAUGGAGCUGAAUUUGAAUAUGAUGCAGCCACAGUGAGUGAACACACCAUGCUACUGGAGGGAGCAUGCAGUCGUCCACCACCAAAAGAGGGAAACUCUGGUCCUGUCAGUGGAGUGGAGAUCAUGAGGAAACUCUCCAAGUCUCAUACACACAGCGAGUCUGCACUGCGAAUAAAGGGCUCCCAUCCGUAUCAGUCUCUGAGUUACACCAGCGGCGACACAGCUGCUGACUCACCAGCACAUGUGAGCCGAGCAGGCCUGCCAGUCAAGGACAGCCCCAGAAAAGAGAGUCUUCUGAGCAAUUUAACGGGAAGCUUUCGCAGUCUGCACAACCUGCUGGAGGGAACGCCACAGAGGAAUGAGCCAUCUUUUGCCACCGCAGCCAAGAGCGGUUCCCUUACUCGUACAGGGACAGAUGUGCUGACAGAGCACCCACUGCUAUCCGAGCCAUCUCCCGUUAGCUUUUACAACUGGAUGUCCAAUGCUGUGGGGAAUAGGAGUGGGGCUGUAGUCCAGGACUCCCCAGUUAACCGCUCGCAGCACAAUAGCCUCCAGACAGGUGGGACAUGUAACCUACCGACGAUCCCCUCUGCGUCGGACUUCAACACAGUGCUGUCCAGUGACCAGAACACCUUGGACGGGACCCACUCUCAGCAUUCCCAGCAUAGCACUAGCCAGGAUGACAUUGCUGAUAUUGAAGAGGGGAACCUAUGUCCUGCUGCUGUUCAACUCGCUGAUGCUCAGGUUGUUUUCAAGCCGUUACUGAACUAUACUGGCAUCCAAGCCCAAGACACCACCCCUCUGAGCUACAAGAUGUAUUUUGGAGAACAUUUGUCUUUUUCUGGCAACUUGGAGUGUCUGAGAGCAGACAUUGUUGACUCCGACACCUCCAAAGAGCGCAAAACCAAAAGAUCUAGAAGACAAGGCAUGGUGAACCUGCCGCCACUUGAUUUCAAACCAGCUCUUCUGAUUGAGACUUUCAGCUUGAAUGCAGUCGUAAUGGAGAAGUCAACCAGUGCGCCACAAGGCUCCACUACAGUCCCACUGUCCUUCCACGACCUCAACCGCCGCCACUACAACACAUUCCACUGCGACUUCACAACAGCCUGCCAGGCCAUUAGCCAACGUGUCGACAUGGCACUCGUGCGCCUUAUUCACCAGUUCAGCACCAUGAUUGAUGACAUUAAAGCCACUCAAACAGACAUCAAGCUAAACCGUUAUACUGCAGGCUCUGCUUCACCAACACCAACCUUCAAGGCGCGGCCAUACCGCCACUUCAGGUCAUCUGACUUUAGCCGGAGCUCACGUGGCAGCAUCAAUGGAACAGCACGCUGUGCCACACAAACUCUGAAGAGCAAGAGAGGUUUGGGUGGUGGAGGUGUAGGAGUUAUUGGGGGUUUGCCACUCAAUGGACCACCAUCAGCCAUGGACACGCUAGGAAGAAGGGAGCACAGAGGACGUGGUUCGCUUGGACGUUCAGAGCGUCGCACCUCGAAGGUGUCAAGAAAAGGUUCCCGUGAUGUGGCGGACCACACAGCAAUCCAGAUGGAUGACUCUGACUCUAUCACAGUGUCAGAGCAGAGCGAGCCGUCAGCAGAAUGUUGGCAGAACAUGUACAAGCUGCUCAACUUCUACUCGCUUAUCUCAGAUCCCACAGGCAUCUUGGAGAAAGCUUCUGCGGAGAACUGCUUGCCAGAGGGUGGGCGUCGGCCAUCAGAGCCGCUCUGUAAUGUGAUCUUUGAGAAUGAACAGCAGGAACCCACGCCGCCCAGAACCCAUCCUGCAGGCUGCCGGCGGCGUAGCCUGGUGAGCUCUGAUCCCCAGCACGUCACCCUCAUAGUGUUUGGCAUCGGUAUGGUGAACCGCACCCACCUGGAGGCCGACAUUGGUGGACUCACCAUGGAGGCAGAACUGAAGAAGAUACAUGGAAGUUUUACCCUCAAGGAGAAGAUGAAAGAUAUCCUACAUCAGAAAAUGACUGAGACCUGUGCAUCAGCUCAUAUUGGAGGGGUGAACAUUGUUCUGCUGGAGGGCAUAACACCAGACAUUCAACUGGAGGAUUUUCCAACUUCUCCCACCAGCACAGCAAAACAAGAGUUUCUAACUGUGGUUAAGUGCAACAUCGCCAAGUCUCAGGCCUUGUACAGCGCCCAGCGUGGACUGAAAACUAAUAAUGCUGCGGUCUUCAAAGUGGGAGCCAUCAUGAUCAACAUCCCCCAGCACCCAGCCACUUUACACAGCAUGAUGGUCCGCAGCUCCCAUCAGCUGUCCAAACAGAUCUCUGACCUCAUCCGACAGCCAUCUAAUGUUCAACCCCCUAAUAGGGAGGAUACGCCCACCCCACAGCCCUCUGACAAAGGUUCCAGCAUCAAUCAGACACCUGUUGAGGCCAAUGAGUUCCCUCAGCUUCCAGAAGGCCUCGAAAAGAAGCCCAUCGUGCUCAAGUUCAGCGCCAUGAUGGAUGGCAUCACCAUUGGCGCUGCCCUGCUGCCCUCACUGAAAGCUGAGUACAAAAUGGGCCGCAUGAAAAGCCAUGGCAUGACAGGAGCCCAAACCAGCUUCACCUUUGAAUUGCCAAACCACAAGCUAUGCUUUCAAUCAAAAGUGUCUCCUGUGGACAUGUCCACCAUGCCACCUACAGCGAGCCUCACCUUGCCACCCGUCACUAUGUCUGGAGAGUACAUCAUGGAGGACCACGAUAGUCAUUCUGACCAGGGUUGGGGCGCUGAUGACUUCCCUGCAAAGCAAGGGAACUAUCUCCAAGGCAACUACCUGCGCUGUGUGGCUGAGAUUGGCUCCUUUGAACAUAACCUGACCACAGAUCUGCUAAACCACCUGGUUUUCCUGCAGAAGGUUUUUAUGAAGGAGGUCAAUGAGGUCAUCCAGAAGGUGUCAGGGGUCGAACAGCCCAUCCCACUGUGGAAUGAGCAUGACACCUCAACCGACGCAGACAAGCCCAAAAUCCUGCUGUACUCAUUGAGUCUCAUGUUCAAGGGAAUCCAAAUGACCGCCACCACCCCGUCAAUGAGAGCGGUCCGCUUUGAGACCGGCUUGAUUGAGCUCGAGUUAUCCAACAGAAUCCAAUGUAAGGCUCAGCCUGGUGGCAGCAGCAGUUACCUGAAACUUUUUGGCAAGUGUCAAGUUGACCUCCACCUGGCUCUUGGACAAAUAGUCAAGCACCAGGUGUAUGAAGAGGCUGGCUCAGACUUCCAUCAGGUAGCAUACUUUCGGACCCGAAUUGGUCUGCGAAAUGCUCUUCAGGAGGAGAUCAGUGGCUCGUCUGACAAGGAGGCUGUUCUCAUCACACUCAACAGGCCUAUUCUUUUCGCCCAGCCGGUGGCAUUUGACAGAGCUGUGCUAUUCUGGCUGAAUUACAAGGCAGCAUAUGACAACUGGAAUGAACAGCGUUUGGCGCUCAACAAAGACAUUCAUGUAGCCACAAAAGAGGUGGUGGACAAGCUGCCAGGUAUUCAACAGACAUCAGCCCAGGCCUUCAGCACCCUCUUCCUUCAACUGACUGUCAAUGACCUGGGCAUCUGCCUGCCCAUUACCAGUGCAUCCCAGAAAGGACAAGCAACUACUGCUGAAGGCACCAACCCUGAAUCUGGGCCCUGCACAUCAAAAGCCCCGCAUAAAAAUGCACGAAAAGCAAACCACAGCAUAGAUUUUGACACCAGCUCCGCUCUGGUCUUGACUAUUGAGAGUACACUGAUCACCGCCUGCUCCUCUGAGUCCUUGGUUAGCAAAGGCCACUUCAAGACUUUCUGCAUCCGCUUUGCAGAAGGCUUUGAGACCUCUUGGGAUGACUGGAAACCUGAGAUCCGUGGAGAUUUAGUCAUGAAUGCUUGUAUAGUCCCUGAUGGCACAUACGAAGUGUGUUCUCGGACCACGGGGCAACCAUCUGCUGAGAGCAGCAGUGCUGGUACCUGGACCCUGAAUGUGCUUUGGAAAAUGUGUGGCAUUGAUGUUCACAUGGACCCUAACAUUGGCAAGCGCCUCAAUGCCCUGGGUAAUACGCUGACAUCAAUGACCGGGGAGGAAGACGUAGAAGACAUCACCGACCUCAAUUCUGUCAACAUGGUGGACCUAUCAGAUGAGGAUGAAGAUGACACCAUGUCACCCACCAUCCACAUGAGUCCAGAGAGCCAGUUCAGCCCACGGCUGACGUUAAAGAAACGUCUGGUAAACCGCAUCCUGGGCCUCAGUCCCAGGCCCCAGAGUGUAUCAGUCCCAGCAGACUACUUAAACUGUCCAUCUCCCCGCCUUCGAGCGGACAGUACCCGGGCCCAAAGACCUCUCUCCUGGGCUUGUGAGGCAGUUGAUCCCAGAAGGCAGAUGGUCAUGGGAAACCAGUUGAUUGACGUGCGUGGUCGAAAGUUUACCAAGAGGGUGGUGGACAUCAGAGAGCUGAACGAACAGGCCAAAGUCAUCGACGACCUCAAAAAAUUGGGAGCAAGUGAGGGCACUAUCAACCAGGAGAUUCAGCGUUAUCAACAGCUGGAGUCUGUGGCUGUCAAUGACAUCAGGAGAGAUGUCAGGAAAAAGCUGCGUCGCUCCAGCAUGAGGGCGGCCUCUCUAAAGGAUAAGUGGGGUCUUGGCUACAAACCAAGCUAUAACCGUUCCAAAAGCAUCUCGGCAGCCGCUGGUCGACCACCUCUUAAAAGGAUGGACAGACAGAGUUCUAGAAUAGGAGAUGUGGAUGACUUCCCUGAUGUGCGUGUGGAUGUGUCUUCUCCCGGACCACGGGUGACUUUCAACAUCCAGGAUACGGCUUUGGAGUCUGCAAUUGCACCUGUCAGUCCAGGAGAUGUAUUCAAGUUUCCUGAGGAGUCAGAGAUGGACCUGUUGUCAGUCACCAUUGAUGAGCCAUCCCAUCCUCAUGAUCAGCACCAUCUUCAUUCUUUAUCCAUAAUUGGAGACCAGAGCUCAGUUUUCAGUGCUCCUUGCACGCCUGCUGUUCUCUCACCCACGAUUCCCUUCCAGCACGAUGACAUGCAGCGAGAUGACCUGUCCUCGUCUUCCUCUGAAGACUUGGAAAAGGAGGAUGAGUUUGAACGCGAGAGAUCCCUGAGCUAUCGAAGGCCUUUCCAAGCUUCCCACAGGAAGUCAUCAGGCUUUUCAGCUGUGAGUCAGUUGUUCAGCGAACGUUGGCCGAGUACACCUGCCAAUCGGAGCUUCGGCGGCCCAACGACAGAAAGAAACAUCGACUUUGAAUUGGAUGUCCGUGUAGAAAUAGACAGCGGGAAAUGUGUUCUUCAUCAGAGUACGCAGCAACCUGAGCAUGAAGAGAUUUCAUUCAGGAGGAGCUGUGAUCGCAGCCUCAGAAGUCUAGACCAGGAGUCCCCUCCAAAGAAGAAAAAAUUGCAGCCCACAUACACAUCCACUACCCAUCUUCUCACUGGAAAGAAAUGUCCCUCUUCACUGCAGACCAAAUCGAAUGACCUUGAGACCACAGUUUUCUACAUUCCAGGAGUGGACGUAAAGUUGCACUAUAACUCCAAGACCCUGAAGACUGAAUCCCCUAACGCCUCGCGUGGAUCCUCGCUUCCGCGCACACUCUCCAAAGAGUCAAAGCUGUAUGGUAUGAAAGAUAAUGGUCCUCCCAAUGCUGUCCAAAGCCAGACUAACUCGCUCCUACCUCCCCCGCUCCCACCUAUCCCAUCAGCCAAAGGUAAAAGCAGCGGUGGGGUGAAAAUGGCCAAGCUGUAUGCCUGGGUGGCCCUCCAGACUCUGCCAGAGGAAAUGGUCAUCAGCCCUUGUCUUCUUGAUUUUUUGGAGAAAGCACUGGAAACCAUUCCUAUCACCCCAGUGGAAAGAAGCUAUGCAGCUGUGGCUGCCCAGGAAGAGGACAUGGGUCAGUUUGAGACAGUGGAGCCACUUGAGGAAUCAGCCACUUCCCUGGUGUCUGCGUCGACGUCGGCAUAUUCUUCUUUUCCUGUGGAUGUGGUCGUCUAUGUCAGAGUUCAGCCUUCUCAGAUCCGCUUCAGCUGCCUGCCCAUGUCCAGAGUUGAAUGUAUGCUCAAACUGCCAUCAUUAGACCUGGUUUUCUCAUCCAACCGCGGUGAAUUAGAGACCCCACCUGGGGCUCAUCCCAGUGAUGGGUCACACCCACCCUCCUCCACUCCACCUGGGCACCACGUGCCCAAACUACCUCCCAGCAAAGCCUCUCCAUUACUGGGGAGCCCCCUGGGUAGAAGCCGCCACAGCAGUAGCCAGUCGGACCUCACUGGGGGACCGAGUAACUCCUCAGGUCUCAGCUUCACUGCCUGCAUGUCUGACUUCUCACUCUAUGUGUUCCACCCCUACGGCGCCGGAAAACAGAAGUCUGCUGUCACAGGCCUGCCCCCGGGCCCAAGCCCAUUAGGUGCAGUUGAUGAGGAGCCUGCAUCUGUGACAGGAAGAAAGGACUCUCUGAGCAUAAACCUGGAGUUUGUUAAAGUCAGCUUAUCAAGGAUGAGACGUACAGGAGGUCCGACAUUUAUUGAAAGCUUCAUUCCUGGUAAAGGUGGCAAAAUGGACACCACUCUUAUCAAUAUCUCAGCUGUUUGUGAUAUUGGCUCAGCUUCCUUCAAGUAUGACAUGAGACGAUUGAGUGAGAUUCUGGCCUUCCCAAGAGCCUGGUACCGCCGAAGUAUUGCCAGACGUCUCUUUCUUGGAGACCAGACCAUCAACCUGCCAGCCUCUGGCCCUGCCACCCCCGACUCGUCUGAAAACAUGACUCAGCAUCUGUCUCCCGAGUCCAGCCGCAAAGCCUACUGGAGGACCUGGGACGGCAGCACCGGGACACACAUGCCUCAGUCCCCCAAUGUUUUCUCUGAGCACACCACAGGAAGCACCAUGUCCCCAGGCGGUCUUGGCCACCUUAAGUCCCCUGCACCUGGACGAACCAGAAGUGUGUCGGAUUCAUCUGCACCAAGAAGAGAUUCAGUGACAAAAACAUCCACUCCUUCAUUUAGUAAAAAUGGAAAGGCAGCAGGGCAGCAUGGGGCGCCAUGGGAGACACUGGUGGUGUUUGCCAUCAACUUGAAACAACUCACGGUCCAAAUGAACAUGAGCAACGUCAUGGGAAAUAACACCUGGACGACCAGUGGUCUGAAGAGCCAAGGGCGGCUAUCUGUGGGUAGCAACCGCGAUCGAGAGAUCAGCAUGUCUGUCGGCCUGGGACGCUCCAAGCUUGACUCCAAGGGUGGUGUAGUGGGUGGCAAUAUAGACGUGAACACCCUAGAGAUGGUCUCACACAUCUCUGAGCACCCAAACCAGCAACCAAGCCACAAGAUUCAGAUCACCAUGGGCUCCACUGAGGCGCGGGUCGAUUACAUGGGCUCCAGCAUCCUGAUGGGAGUUUUUAGCAAUGCUGACCUGCAGCUCCAAGAUGAGUGGAAAGUCAACCUGUGCACUGUUGAUUCCAGCAUAUCGGAGAAAAGUGAGAUCUUUGUCCAUGGGGACUUGCAGUGGGACAUUUUCCAGGUGAUCAUUUCCCGCUCCACCACACCGGACCUAAUCAAGAUCGGCAUGAAGCUGCAGGAGUUUUUCACUCAGCAAUUUGACACCAGCAAGCGGGCCCUCUCCACGUGGGGUCCUGGUCCCUACCUGCCUCCAAAAACCCCAGUUGUCAACGCAGAGAAAGGAGCGGCAGAGCUGUACAUGGAUGCCGCGCAUCACCGUCACUGGCCCGGGGUGCUGAAGGUCAUCGCGGGUUGCCACAUAUCCCUCUUCCAGAUGCCUCUGCCCGAAGACGCUGUCCAAUUGGGUGGCUCCAUGAGCCUCCAUGGCAAUCACAUGACCCUGGCCUGCUUCCACGGCCCUAACUUCCGGUCCAAGUCGUGGGCUCUCUUCCAUCUGGAAGAGCCCAAUAUCGCCUUCUGGACGGAGGCACAGAAAAUACUGGAGGAUGGUUCCAAGGACGAUUCCACAUACAUUGUUCAGACACUGGACUUCCAUCUUGGUCACAACACAAUGGUGACCAAGCCCUGUGGUGCCCUGGAAAGCCCGAUGGCCACCAUUACCAAGAUAACGCGGCGGCGGCACGAAAACCCUCCACACGGAGUCGCCACGGUUAAAGAAUGGUUUAACUACGUCACUGCCAUGAGGAAUGAAGAGUUGAACUUGCUCAGGAAUGUGGAAGCCAACAACCCAGAGAGUGGAGCCGCUGCCAAGAGCUCCAGUUUGCUGAGCAGCUUCCGCAGCAACUCCAGCUACAACCAUGAGACUGAGACCAUCUUUGCUCUUCCCAGAAUGCAACUGGACUUCAAGUCCAUCCAUGUACAAGACCCUGAUGAGCCUUCUCUGUCAGAUUCCAACAGCAAGCCAAAGGUAGAGUGCAGCGUGGUGACAGAGUUCACAGACCACAUCUGCGUGACUAUGGAUGCCGAGCUCAUCAUGUUUCUUCACGACAUGGUGUCUGCCUACCUCAAAGAGAAAGAGAAAGCCCUUUUCGCCCCACGGAUGUUUGUGGCUCGGCCAGGCCAGAAGAGCCCCACGGCCGUGCACGAUAACGGCUCCACAGACAAGGACAAAGACGACGGCAUCAACUACACGACAGUGGACUGGAGGGAGUUCAUGUGCAAUACCUGGCACUUGGAGCCCACUCUCAGGCUCAUCUCCUGGACGGGGCGCAAGAUCGACCCAGUGGGAGUGGACUACAUCUUACAAAAACUGGGCUUCCACCACGCCAGGACUACCAUUCCCAAGUGGCUCCAGAGGGGCGUGAUGGACCCGCUGGACAAGGUGCUGUCAGUGCUCAUCAAGAAGCUCGGCACGGCUCUGCAGGAUGAGAAGGACAAGAAAGGCAGAGAGAAAGAGGAGCACUAGCGCCACACCGGAUGCUAACACUGGAUGGCCGUUUUUCCUUCCGCUCUUUUCCAACCUGGUAGAGUUCAGCAUGGCUGUUGACUGCGGUGUGCGUCACCAGCGGCAGCUGUGACUGAGGCUUUUGCAAGGAUGUCAUCAAUGCGGAUCUUCUUUUGGAAAAGAGCAGCAAUUAGCAUCGUAUAUUUUGGUUGCUUUAAUGGUUCCAACCCGGCCUCUGACAUGAUCCCAUGUAGUCCUUUUGGGAAGGCUUUCCACUAUUUAACGAGAAAUUAUUUCUUCAAACAUUGCCUUUUCCUUGUUUCCCCAUGGAACACAUGGUAAAUGAUGCUUUACUGUCUGUAUUUUAUGUUGUGUUUAAUCGUUUGGAUUUUUGUUUUCCCCUUGAUGUGAACAAAAUGAGCACUGGGAGAUUCGGGCAUGAUCUGUCUUCAGGACAUCAGGAAUCUGUUAUUAUUAUUAUUAUUAUUUAUGGGUAUGUGAAAUGGAAAUCUUGUAACAUGAAUUAGCUUGAUGUGUCAAGCUUGUUUUUGUUUUUAGUCGGUGUAUAUAAUUACAUUUCGUAAAUGUGUUGAUUUCCUAACUUAAUAAAAUAAUGCCACUGGAUUUUA